AUGAAGUGCCCUUCACUGCUUGCGUUUGCAGCUGCUUGCGCUAGUGUCGCAGCGUUUUCUAUUGAUCUGCAGAAAGUCGUCCUCGAUGACCAGCGUCCCGUAGGCCGCGAGACGUUCCUGAUUGAAUCAAGUCCGGGAGAAACAAAAUGGGUCACUGAAGAUGAAAAAUGGGAACUGAAGAGGAAUGGCGUACAGUUCAUGGAUAUCACCGAAAAUGGACACACCUAUCCUUACGUUGUCUCUACCGAGACCGAGUCUACUCGCGUCACCUAUCCAUCGAAAGCGCAGUACAACAAGACUGUGAAGUCACUCGCAAAAACACUGGACAAGAACAAUAUGCGCAAACACCUCGAAGGACUGACCUCAUUCCAUACCCGCUAUUAUAAGAGCCAAUACGGCAUUGAUGCAGCUCAAUGGCUGUAUGAGCAGAUCAACACGACCAUCUCAGACUCAGGUGCUUUCAGCUAUGGCGCAACGUUGAACAAGUUUGAUCAUCCUUGGGGACAAUUCAGCAUAAUCGCAAGGAUACCAGGGAAGAGCAACCACACAGUUGUAAUUGGAGCACAUCUCGACAGUAUCAACCUGUUCUUGCCCUCUAUCUUGGGUGCUCCAGGCGCCGAUGAUGAUGGCAGUGGAACUGUGACGAUCCUCGAAGCACUUACUGCUCUUCUCCAUUCCAAGGACAUCAUCAAAGGAAAGGCCGAAAACACCAUCGAGUUCCAUUGGUAUUCUGCCGAAGAAGGUGGACUCCUUGGUAGCCAAGCCAUCUUCAAAUCAUACCACGACAGCCAGAAAUCGAUCAAGGCAAUGAUUCAGCAAGACAUGACAGGUUACGUGGAGCAGACGCUUGCCCACGGCAAGCCCGAGUCCGUCGGCGUCAUCACCGACUUUGUCAAUGCGGACCUCACCGAGUUUAUCAAAGAAAUCAUUACAGUAUACUGUGACAUCCCAUAUACACUGACCAAAUGUGGCUAUGCUUGCUCGGAUCAUGCAUCGGCAAGCAAGUAUGGAUAUCCCUCAGCAUUCGUGAUUGAGUCGGAUUUCGAGUAUAGCGACAAGAAGAUCCAUACGACGGAGGACCUGAUCAAAUAUCUCAGCUUUGACCAUAUGCUCCAACAUGCAAAGAUGACUUUGGGGUUUGCAUAUGAGGCUGCAUUUGCAAAGUUCUGA